CAGAGACUUCACGCCGGGAGAGAAAUAGGGACAGAGAGAGAGAGAGAGGGGAAGGAGGAGAGAAGAAACACUGAGAGAGGGGGAGAGAUAGAGAGAAAUGACAAUGGAGAGAGAGAAGGAGAGAGAGGUAGAGCUAGAGAGUGCAAUGUACACAAACUGUUUGUUACUAGGUCUUGAUCCUUCGAUCCUUGGUAUCGUAGGCAAUAAUGGUAACCCUCGAGUCGGAUUUUUUCGCCAUUCAAACCCUAAAUUGGGUGAACAGCUUCUUUAUUUCAUCUUAUCUUCUCUUAGAGGUCCAAUUCAAUCUGCAAAGGAUUUUGAUAAGGUAUGGCCGAUCUUUGAUUCUGCACAGUCUCGUGACUUCCGUAAGGUUGUCCAGGGAAUUAUAAAUGAGCUCGAAUUGCAAGGGGCACUUCCGAGAAGCAAUUCAAGGGUUUCCUCCCUUGCUACUUGUUGCGGGCCGAGAUUUGUUGAACUUCUGUGGCAACUUUCUUUGCAUGCUUUACGAGAGGUUCACAGAAGAACUUUUGCGGCUGAUGUAGCUUCUAACCCUCUUCCUGCUUCAUUGACAGAUGUAGCAUUUUCACAUGCAGCUACAUUACUUCCUGUGACAAAGGCUAGGAUAGCUCUUGAAAGAAGGAAGUUUCUUAAAAAUGCAGAAACAGCUGUCCAUAGACAAAACAUGUGGUCAAACUUGGCUCAUGAAAUGACAGCUGAGUUUCGCGGUCUUUGUGCCGAAGAGGCUUAUUUGCAGCAAGAGCUGGAAAAAUUGCAGGACUUGAGAAAUAAUUCAAAGUUGGAAGGGGAACUAUGGGAUGACCGUGUCUCUAGCCCCUUGGGUCAAAACUCACAUUUGGUUUCCAAGGCGACUCGCCUAUGGGAGUCCUUAUUAGCUCGUAAGAGUCAACAUGAAGUUCUUGCUUCAGGCCCAAUUGAGGAUUUGAUUGCCCAUCGUGAGCAUAGGUACCGCAUUUCUGGAUCAUCCUUGCUUGCUGCCAUGGAUCAAGGUUCUCAGGUUCCAUAUCCACAUGUAUCAUCUGGUCAGCCUGGUCAUCUAUCUUUGUUAAAAACAGAUGCUAGAGAACCAAUAAAUGGAUUAUCUCCCAAUGUGAAUAGGGAAAAACAGAAAAUCUGUUCAGAUUCAACUCAUUUACAAGUAAAUGAAGAAACACAUUCUAAGGUGGAUGAUAGAAGUGGAAGGGUCCACCCAACUGUUGACGUUGCAGAAAUUCUUAGACGUUGGACACAUGCUCUACAACGUAUUCAUAAGCACUCACUUUAUCUGGCCAAAGCUAAUGAUGGAGAGGGUCCAGAGCUUUUACGAAGUGCGCAUGAUGGUGGUACUAGUGGCCAUGUUGAAUCUUUAGCGGCAACACUUGCAGAACAUCGGCAACAUUUAGCUAGUGUACAGGUGCUCAUUAAUCAACUGAAGGGAGCUGCUCCAGCAAUGCAGAAAUCAAUUUUGGAGCUAACUGAAGAAGUGAACAAUAUUUCAUCUGGUCCUCCGAUGACCAAAAAUCAUGGCAGAUCUACCUCACCUAUGCAAGCUCAAAGUAGUGGAAGAUCUGUGGAAAAUAGCAUUGAUGAAGUUGCAGAAAUGACUUCAAAAUUUUCAAAUGCUCAUCUUGAUAAGGUUUCAGCAAGCCCUCCUGCUUUGAAACUCCCACAUUUGUUUAGUUUGACUCCAAAUUCUUCUGUGAAAGGAGGACAUAUCCAAAAGCGGCAAACUUUGGUUUCUCAAGCCUGCCAGGUGGUAAAUUUGUCUGAAGAGAAAUUUCUGGACCAGCCUUCAUCAAUCAAUCAUGUUGAUACUUUGUCUCAAGAUAGUGACAGUUCUUACGUCCAGAACUUGAGGAGAUCUGUUCGGGAAGCUGCUUUUUCAGUGCAAUCCUGCAAUGUGGACUCUACACGAGAUAAUCGAUCUGAUGGUAGCUCAGAACAUUUUUUUGUACCUCUUUCAGGGACUGGAUUAUCUCGCAUUGCACCAGAAACCAAAUCAGUUGCAAUUAAGAGCAAAAAGCUAUUUGUGUCUCCAUCAGACACCACUUUUUUACAUGGGAAUUUUGUCUCUGAGGACCCUGCUAGGAGCAACUAUGAUGAUACACCAAAUAGGUUGAAUGAUACAGAUUCACCACAUCAGUUUAACAGUGAAGCUAAUGGAUUCCUCUCAGAUAUUGGUUCCAAGUAUGCUGCUUCUGAUGCUGAAAGGGCAUUCUAUGACAUGGACGAUACCCUGGAUCAGGUCUUCUCACCUCCAUUGCUAAUGGAGACAUCGUUCUUCUCAGAUUCGUAUGAAGACUUGCUUGCACCAUUGUCUGAAACUGACACAGCUUUAAUGGAGUGCUGAGAAGUUUGGUUUGUACGGCAGUUAUAUGGAAGGGCUAAAUCCAAUUAUCACAUGCUUCAGUCUUUGGAAUGGGUUGCUGUUUAUUAUGGCACAUUUAAUUCAUCAUAAUACCUCCUCUUCCAUUAUUUUCUGCAAGACCCACUGUUUUUUGUGAUUUUACUAUGUAUUAUUUUGGUUAUUUUUAUUUGCUUUAGUAUUUGGUUUCAUUACGUCUGCUAUGGUUUUGGGUUCAAUAAAUGUUCUAUCUGUACAUGGGGAUGGCCGUCUUUCGGCACCCCACCUUGUAGAUUUCCAGAUUGUAGAUCAAUGGGAUCAGAUGAUUGUAGUACUUCUAAUCCAUCUGCUUCCUCCUGGAGAAGAACGGACAUUUUUGGAUGUGAUUUUUAAACAUCAAUGUUUGGUUCUUGAUUUGGAGGACUGAAAAGGUGGGGUUUGGCAUGUGUAAUAGCCUUCCAAACAGUACUUUGUCUCACCAAAUGCAAAGGUAGCUUUGUCUGGUGCUUUGGAUUUUCUGCUGAAGAUUUAAUAGGGGAUUAUUGGGAAGUUCCUGAGACUACAUACCUCAUUUCAAGUGUAAGAUUGACCCAAAUGAAUCUUGACAUGGUUCAUAUGCACAUAUCCACCUGUAGACUGGAAGCUUAUUUGGGAAUGAUGAUGGCAAACACUGUAUGGGUGAGACUCAGGUGGGGCAAACCAGCACAUGGUCCACCUCCAGCAAUGGAGUGUGGGGGAAUGAUCAAUGAAACAGGGCUAAAAGCCAGAAUUGUCAACUGCAGUUUCCGGCACAUAUCUGAAUUCUUAAUGUAGCUGGAUGCAAAUGUGAAGAAUGCUUCAUCAACACGCAGGCGCUGCCCUUGCUGAUAAUUCCAAGUGAUAUUGAAGCUCUCAAAAAUUAUAAAUUGUUCCUCUGUAAUCAACUGGCGGAAGCACCUAAAAUGGAGGCUUAGAUGGAUACUGGUCCCUCCCUUACCCUUUCUUUAAUUCCCCUUUUCCAAAACUCUUGGUUAAUAGAGUGGGUGAAGUGCAAGUAUUUGUGUUACAAAAGAAGGGUUUUUAUUUUUUUUUAUUGAACCCUUUAAGGUGUGAAUUAAUUUGUAAUUUUUUUUCCUCUUCUAAGUAUAAUGCACUUCUUUUUUUUUUUUUUUAGUGGA